AUGAUAACAAAAAGUAAAAUUUUCACUUUUUUGGCAGCUUUAUUUUUAAUCUGUCUUGUAUUCUCUCCCGCAUCUGGUGAUUUCGCUAGUGUCAAAUUAGCCAUACUCGACGGAAAAAUUACAUUAACUCAAACCGAAGACGGUAAUGUAAAAGUUGAGGGCAGAAUCAAAAUGGUUAGUCCUGGAGAAGUUAACCAGCUAAUUGGUUUAGAUUUAUUGAUUCUUCACAAGAUUGAAGUUCUUGAUUCUGGAACAAUCAUGAUACCAACUUAA